AUGGCAGUUCUUCAGGUCUCAAUGGGAUGUGUUUUGGGGCAACAUAAUGAUUCUGGCAAGAAAGAAAGGGCUAUUUACUAUCUGAGCAAAAAGUUCAAUGAUUGUGAAGCUCGAUAUUCAUUUGUUGAGAGAACUUAUUGUGCACUAGCCUGGACUGCUAAUCGCCUCAAGCAUUAUAUGUUAAAUUACAAGACCUGGCUCAUUUCCAGAAUGGAUCCAAUCAAGUAUGUGUUUGAAAGUCCAUAUCUACCAGGGAGAAUAGCCAAAUGGCAAGUCAUACUGUCCCAAUAUGAUAUCGUCUAUAUGACCAGAAAGGCUGUAAAGGGAAGUAUUAUAGCAGAUCUCUUGGCAGAAAAUCCAAUUGAGGAAUAUGAAGCUUUGGAUUUUGAAUUCCCGGAUGAGUAUGUAAAUAUAGUGGAGGAAGAAAUGGGAGAGCAGAGUGAUGUCUGGCAAAUGUAUUUUGAUGGAGCAGUCAAUUUAUUAGGUAGUGGAAUCGGAUCAAUCUUGGUAUCUCCAGAUGGAAAACAUUUCCCAAUUGUAGUAAAGUUAAAAUUUGAAUGUACAAACAAUGUCGCUGAAUAUGAAGCUUGUGUGAGUGGUUCACAAGCAGCCAUUGAAAUGAAAAUCAAGAAGUUAGAAGUAUAUGGCGAUUUAGCUUUAAUAAUUUAUCAAGUGAAAGGGGAAUGUCAUGACAAGAAUCAGUUCACCGAUGCUCUAGCAACACUAGCUGUCAUGGCACAAAUUAAGGAAGGUAAAGGAGUACAGAUUCUUCUUAUAAAGGCCAGAGAUAACCCUGCUUAUUGCUUAAUGAUCGAAGAAGAAGUGGAUGGGAAGCCCUGGUAUUAUGAUAUUCAACAAUAUAUCAAGACAAGGGAAUACCCACAAGAAGCAAGCAAAAAUGAUAAGAGAAUGAUCAGAAGAAUGUCUUUAGGAUAUUUCCCUAAUGGGGAAAUCCUGUACAAAAGGAAUUUUGAUGGGGAAUUGUUACGCUGUGUUGAUGCAAAUGAAGCUAAGAAGAUUAUGUUUGAAACGCAUGAGGGAAAAUGUGUAAUACAAGCUAAUGGACACAUGAUGGCUAGACAGAUUCUCUGUCGAGAUUAUUUUUGGCUUACUUUGGAAAAGGAUUGUAUUGAGUAUUUUUGA